AUGCCGCAAAGUGGACUCCUAAUUUCGCUUUUCCUCCUCAUCUCAACCCACUCCGUGCUCGUUUCCCUCUUUUCAACAAAACAAGCCGUUCCCUCCAAUUCCACCCGCUGUCACUCGUUCCAUUUCCUCCCCUCCCCCCCAAGUCUCUCCCUCUUCCAUUGCCUUGCCUUGCCUUGUUACUCAUCUUCCCAAUCUCGCCAAGGUCUCCUCCUCUUUUUCCCUUGUUCAUUUACCCUCUCCUUUCAAUGUCAUUUACUCGGUGAUAUCCUCUUUUUUUUGCCAGCAAAAGAGAACAACGUGAAGGAGAAAGAACAAGAGGCUUCGUAA